CUUUAAUUUUACGAAAUCAAGAAAGCACUAAUGGCCAAAGUCAAUCAACUGGAAAUAAAAUUACAACAACAAGAAUCCUUAACAAUGGCCACGCAAAGCGAACCGAGUGCCGGCCACAACUCAACCAAAGUCCUUCGCCAGGCGACUGUAAAGGUGCCAACUUCAUGCCUGGAUGUCUACAUCAACGGACAUUGGGGGACCACACCUACAAGCGGAAUCCAUUUGAUUAUGGGUCCCAAAUUCGUCGAAACCGUUUUCUGCGACUUUACUAAACUGACCACCGAUCCCAGCUCCCAGAGAUGGAUCGGAUAUGCCGAUAUCAAAUCAGCCCCCAUCUAUUUCUACGUUCAAAGGAACACCCCCUUCACCACCGCCAAUAUUCCGAUCCCGUUUCAAAUUGAGCGCGUUAACAUUGGGGGCGCCAUGGAUUUGCCAUCGGGGAAAUUCACGGCGCCUCGAGACGGAACCUACUUCUUUUCUUUUGCCGGCCUUGCGCAAUUUCCAAAUGCAACGAGUAAAGUUCACUUGAAAAUAGCUCUUUACUCUAAUGGGGCUUAUGUGGGGACGAGCGAGUGCGCAGAAACCAACACCGCUGGCCACUCGAGUGCGUUGACACUUCAACUGACGCUGAAUUUGCAAAAGCGAGUUCAAGUUUGGUUGCAGAUCUGGGCUAUCGCAGCAGGAGUUUCACUGUGGGAUACUGGUUACUACCACACUCACUUUACUGGAUGGAUUCUACUAUGAGGAAAUCGCUAAUAGCCUUUUGUAAAAUCCGCAAUGACAACAGAAUUAUUCAAAUGAAACCACGAAAAUAUCGAGAAUGAAUUUUACAACCAAUAAGAAUGUCUUUUGUGAGGAAAGAAAUUGGCGAUUUGUUAAAAGAAAAAAAUGUCAGGAUAAAAACCAAAUUUUGUGCGUCAUGUAACACUCCAAUAAAAAAUCCCGAUCGGACAAUA